UAGGGAGCAGCAGAGAGUGGAUUUGUGUCUCUGUGUGUUCCAGUAUGUUUGGAUGAGAGAGCCAGGCGACCGACCCAUCAGUCAAGCCCAGUCGAGGAGCGGACCAGGGCAUGGCAGGUUCGGGGGACAAGGGCAGCGAGCUGCCGCUGCAGGAGUACCUCCAAGCGGCCGUGCAAGUGGCGCUAGACGCCGGCCAGAUAAUCAGAGAAGCAUUAAGGAUUGAAAAACGAGUGCAAACAAAGUCCUCGGCGGCAGACCUUGUCACAGAAACAGAUCAACUGGUGGAAAAGCUCAUCAUCUCUACUCUACACACAAAGUUUCCUUCACACAGGUUCAUUGCAGAAGAAUCGGUGGCAGCUGGUGACAAAUGCAUUCUGACUGACGAUCCCACCUGGAUAAUAGACCCCAUCGACGGAACGUGCAACUUUGUACAUGGAAACCCAGUGGUGGCAGUCUCGAUUGGACUGGCUGUCAACAAAGAGCUUGAGCUGGGCAUCAUCUAUAACUGCGUCAAGGAGAAGAUGUACACGGGCAGAAGAGGUCACGGAGCGUUCUGUAAUGGAGAGAAACUUCAAGCAUCCAAACAACAAGACAUAUCGAAAGCUCUGAUUUUAACUGAACUUGGGUCAAUUCGAGAACCAACGGCAGUAAGGAUGCUGUUCAACAAUAUGGAGAAGCUGAUCUCAGUACAGGCGCAUGGGAUCAGGAUCAUAGGAAGUGCUGCUCUCGACCUGUGCCACGUUGCCACGGGAGAUGUGGAGGCCUUCUACCAGUUUGGCCUACACUGCUGGGAUAUGGCAGCUGCUGCAGUGAUAGUCAGGGAGGCUGGCGGCAUCCUGAUUGACACAGCAGGUGGACCUCUGGACCUCAUGUCCCGUCGGGUGGUUGCGGCCGGCACUUCCCAGUUGGCACAACGGAUUGCCCGGGAACUGGAGCCGGUGGCUUACGAGCGGGAUGACAGCACGGAAGAAGCGAUCGACUCCCAGUCCAAAUAAAGACGAUGGCAUCGGUAGUGAAACCACCGUCCGACUAACACACUGGUGACGGGCAGCUGCCGAGUGCCAUCUAUGGACCAGUUAAUGGGUCGGCCGCUGUCAAUGAAGCCUGCGGACUCCGGCGACUUCUGUAAUAAGGGUUGUACUAGUUUAUCACAUGGGGAAGAGGUUCAUCCUUGCUUGGUGGCACGAGUCGGCUGGAAGCCCCACACUCC